UUACACAGUGCGCAGGAGCAUGUAGAAUGAUGAAGGAUACUUGCAAUGCUGUCCAUUUUGAAACUUCAAAUAACACUUGCUCCCUUGCAGAGUUGAGUUUACUGGAGGAGUUGCCAGAAAAAGAAUCAUUCCCUGUUUUCAUGGAAACUAAAACAUUCAAGCUUCUGAAUGAGAAAGAAAAUUUUCUUCUCAUUGCUGAAGGAGCUGAUUUGGUGCAAUCCUAUCCCUGUAACUUUGCUUUACCUGAAGAUAGUUAUUUUAAGCGAGGAGGGAUUGCUACACUGAAAGGAAAAGUUCAUAUCUACAAUUUUCAAACUAACAAGUGUUUCCACCGCAGCAUGGUGUCUGUUGGAGGUUGGGAGGAAAAACCUGACUGUGUUUCACCACCAAGACAUGACCCAACAUUUACGACUGUAGGAGAGUAUAUUCUCAUGACUGGAGGCUAUGUAGACAAUUCAUUCCCUAUUGAUACUAUUGAGCGUUUUGAUGGUAAAACCUGGACAACCCUUAGCUCAAAGCUAAGCAGUAAUACAUGUGCUCACUGUGCUGUCAGAAUUAGUGAUACAGAACUGAUUAUGAUUGGGGGUAUAAGACGAGUGAAUAAGGUAGAGAAAUAUGAUGUUGAUGGUAAUCUGGUUGAAACACUUCCAAACCUUAUCACUGGAAGAAGUCACCUAGGGUGUGGUAUUCACCAGGGAGAAAUCUAUGCUGCAGGAGGGUCUAAUGGGCGGAUUGUAUCUGUUGUUGAGGUGUACAAUAUGAAAAGUAGAACCUGGAGAAACAUUGCCAGCUUUAAAUCAGCUGUAGCCUUCCCCAACCUGCAUGUUUAUAAGGGAAAUCUUACCAUGUUUGGUACUGGCAGUACAAUGGAGAUUUAUAAUGGAGUAUGGGAGGUUUCUUCAGAACCUCUUGGAAAGAUGUUUUCAAGGGGAAGCUCUGUAAAAGUACCAUGCCAUUAAGAACCUAAUUCAUAUUUCUGCAUGCACUGUUUUAAAUAUACUAACUGAUCGUAUCACCAUGCGGUCAGAUGUGAAUGUGACCAGUUCAGCUAGUGUUAUGUUCGAGUAGAGUCUGACCCUUUCAGAUCCAAAUUACAAAGGUCUAUUUCUACUUUGCAUUACUGCAUAGCACUGAUGAGAAUGCAUGCACUCUGACUGGUGCUAUGAUAAAUAAGUAUAUUCAGAAUAGUGUGGUUUUAUGAAGAAGGGCCGGGGGAAGGGGAUAAAACUUUGUGAAUGCUUCUUUUGACUUUGAAUUUAGAAUUUGUAAAGAAAUUUGACAAAAAUCCAAAUAUUUCCUACAAAAUCCUGAAUGGCAGGUCAGAAAAUGUUCAAAAAAUUAUAUUAAAAAAAUUGUAUAGUUCUUGCCAAUACUCCUUGGGUUAAGCCACAGGAGAUGAAAAGAUAUCUGCCCUAUCUUACCCCCCUCCCUUUUUUUUGAAGAAAUAGGGUUUAGUUUUUGAAAAUCGAAAGUGACAAUUUGCUGCAGAAAAUUGUGGUGAUGCUUAUUCUUAAAAUAUGCAGUGUACGCCUUAACAAGCUUGUUUCACUCUCUGCUUUGAAGUUUUAUUUGCAAAUUUGUUUUAGUAAAUGUCUAGAAAACUAACUUUUAGU